GUUCAGAGAUUCGGUUUGUGUGGUUGCGAUUGCCCCAGGGUUGUGUGUGGCUCCCACGGAGGAGGUGGCAGCUCGGUGGGGAAAUGAUGCACAGUUGAGGACGGUGCCGAUCCAAAGGCAUGUGGCGUCCCUGGGUGCUGGGAUAGGGCAGGUGGCCAUGCUGGGGACACUCUGGGUGAGUCCAGGCUGGUGUCAGCAGUGCCCUGGAGACCACAGCCGUGGUGGCAUGCAGAGCCUCGGUGGAAAGGAGAGUGCCCAGUGACCUGACCCCAGAGGAGUGCCAGGAGCUGGAGAACAUCCGCCGCCGCAAGCAGGAGCUGCUGGCUGACAUACAGCGGCUGAAAGAUGAGAUAGCAGAAGUGACGAAUGAGAUUGAGAACCUGGGGUCUACGGAGGAGAGGAAAAACAUGCAGAGGAACAAGCAGGUGGCCAUGGGCAGGAAGAAAUUCAACAUGGAUCCCAAGAAGGGCAUCCAGUUCCUGAUUGAAAAUGACCUGCUGAAGAACACAUGUGAGGAUAUCGCUCAGUUCCUUUACAAGGGAGAGGGCCUCAACAAGACAGCCAUCGGUGACUACCUGGGCGAGAGGGAUGAGUUCAACAUCCAAGUCCUGCAUGCCUUCGUGGAACUUCAUGAGUUCACUGACCUCAACCUCGUGCAGGCCCUGCGGCAGUUCCUGUGGAGCUUCAGGCUGCCUGGGGAGGCACAGAAGAUUGACCGGAUGAUGGAGGCCUUUGCCCAGCGGUACUGCCAGUGCAACCCUGGCGUCUUCCAGUCCACAGACACCUGCUACGUGCUCUCUUUCGCUAUCAUCAUGCUGAACACCAGCCUGCACAACCCCAACGUCAAGGACAAACCCACAGCAGAACGCUUCAUUGCCAUGAACCGUGGCAUCAAUGACGGGGGGGACCUACCUGAGGAGCUGCUCCGGAAUCUUUAUGAGAGCAUCAAGAAUGAACCUUUCAAAAUCCCUGAGGACGACGGCAAUGACCUCACCCACACGUUCUUCAACCCCGACCGGGAGGGCUGGCUUCUGAAGCUAGGAGGAGGCAGGGUGAAGACGUGGAAGCGACGUUGGUUCAUCCUGACUGACAACUGCCUUUACUACUUCGAGUACACGACGGAUAAAGAGCCCCGUGGCAUCAUCCCCCUGGAGAACCUCAGCAUCCGUGAGGUGGAUGACUCGAAGAAACCUAACUGCUUUGAGCUCUACAUCCCCGACAACAAGGACCAGGUGAUCAAGGCCUGCAAGACGGAAGCGGAUGGGCGGGUGGUGGAGGGGAACCACACAGUGUACCGCAUCUCCGCCCCCACUCCCGAGGAGAAGGAGGAGUGGAUCAAGUGCAUCAAGGCAGCGAUCAGCCGGGACCCUUUCUACGAGAUGCUGGCCGCCAGGAAGAAGAAGGUGUCCUCCACCAAGAGACACUAGCAGCCUCCACUGGCCUUGUGAGGCCAGCGUGCCCCUGGCAGCCUGAGCAUCUCCCCUCCCCAGAGGGCUGCGGGGCUGGGGCUGCGCUGCAGCCUGGCCCUUGGGGCCCAGGACCUAGCUUCAGCUUCGCAGUUUCUUUACUGUGGGGAGAGGGAGGAGACACAGGCAUCUCGGUGGCUCUGGCACCCCCAUCACUGCCUCAUUGCCAGGACAGCAUCUUCACAGGCUGGAGCUGGACCAGCAACACCCCCCACAGAGGGACCUCUGUCCUGUCCCAGGCUCAGCUGCAGGAUGGGGAGUGCCCUGUGUGUGUAUUGUCCUCUCCCACCUUCGCCAGCUGGGACUGGGCAGUCGGGCACCAUGGGCACCCUCCCUGCUCCCAAUCCCCCCAGCAAGUGUGCAGCCGCACAUGCUGCUGGAUCCCACCAGCACCCAUGUCCUGAAGUACUUGGGGUGUCCCAUUGGGAAGGUGAAGGGCUGGCAGUUAACAGACAGCAGUUUUGGGGGUGCUGCAGGUGCCAGGGUGAAGGAUGGCAGCCCCAGGGCAGCUGGGGGAUGGCUCAUGGAGGCACGACUCCUGGCCCUCGUUGUAGCGGGCCUGGGUCUGUCCUGGGGCUUCCCCACGCUGCUGCCUUGGACCCUCCCAGCUGUCUCCUGCACUGGCAAAGGUCCCUGUGGGUGCAGGGAGGGCUGAGGGGCAGAGACUUGUCACCAUCAUGGGGUGCAGUGGUGCCACAUGGUGCACAGACAUGUCCUCACCCAGCUGGGGGGUGCUGGAGCUUGGAUGAGGGCCCUGGUCCGGCAGCACUGGCUGGCAUUGCCCCGGCUCGUCCUUGCAGGGUGAUGCCCUCGGCGAGGGGCAGGGGAGGCUGUGACAGGGGUGGCCAUUGUCUCCUCGAGCACAAGCUCUCGCUUCUGAGCAGGUGGGGGGAUGUGCCCAGGGCCUGCACCAGCGACAGCUGCUGUCAAGGGGGUCCAGCCGGGCCAGGGGCUACAGCCCCCGUCUCUGCCUUGCAAACAUCCGUGUCUUGUCCUGUUCCCUCAGCCACCAUGCACAGUCUGGAGAGAGGCGCCUGGAUCAGUAUUAGUCUAUUUAUCAGAGGUGUAAAUACUCCUGUAUAGUUUUCUCCUUUUAGAUUAUUUUGUAUGUUGGGUUGUUCUGUGCAGAGACCUCUCCAGAGGGUGGGGGAGUGGCAGGGUUUUUUUAUUCUAACUUUUUUUUUUUUGCCACGGCCUUGUAAAACUAGUGCUGAGGAUCUGCAGCAAAUAAACAUCAAACCGCGUUCA